GAGAGCUGACAGUCUGGAUUUAUGUUUGCAGUAACAAUGAGGAGGAGAGCUGACCCAGAAUGCACUGCCCCCAUCAAGAAACAGAAAAAAAGAGUUGCAGAGCUUGGCCUGAACCUCAGCUCCACAUCCGACGAUGAACCUCUUUCUUCUGUCAGUCAUGCGGCAAAAGCAUCUGCCACAAGCCUAAGUGGAUCUGACAGUGAGACUGAGGGGAAGCAACGCAGCUCUGACUCUUUCGAAGAUGCAUUCAAAGCAGACUCCCUGGUGGAGGGAACUUCCUCCCGCUAUUCCAUGUAUAAUAGCGUCUCUCAGAAGCUUAUGGCCAAGAUGGGCUUCAGGGAAGGUGAAGGAUUGGGGAAAUACAGCCAGGGUCGGAAGGACAUCGUGGAGGCAUCUAAUCAGAAAGGCCGAAGGGGCUUGGGCCUGACUCUGCGGGGCUUUGACCAGGAGCUCAACGUGGACUGGCGAGAUGAACCCGAGCCCAGUGCCUGUGAGCAGGUGUCGUGGUUCCCAGAAUGCACCACUGAAAUUCCUGAUACUCAGGAGAUGAGCGAUUGGAUGGUUGUGGGAAAGAGAAAGAUGGUUAUUGAAGAUGAAACAGAGUUCUGUGGGGAAGAGCUGCUUCACAGUGUCUUACAGUGUAAGAGUGUGUUCGACGUCCUGGAUGGGGAAGAAAUGCGGCGAGCUCGGACCCGAGCCAAUCCCUACGAGAUGAUCCGAGGAGUCUUCUUCCUAAACAGGGCAGCGAUGAAGAUGGCUAACAUGGAUUUUGUGUUUGAUCGCAUGUUCACAAAUCCACGGGACUCUUAUGGGAAGCCGCUGGUGAAGAACCGUGAGGCUGAGCUUCUGUACUUUGCUGAUGUCUGUGCAGGCCCAGGUGGCUUCUCAGAGUACGUGCUGUGGAGGAAGAAGUGGCACGCAAAGGGCUUUGGAAUGACUCUGAAGGGCCCAAAUGACUUCAAGUUGGAGGACUUCUACUCGGCCUCCAGUGAACUCUUCGAACCCUACUAUGGUGAGGGUGGGAUUGAUGGAGACGGCGAUAUCACCCGCCCAGAGAACAUCACUGCUUUUCGGAAUUUUGUCCUGGAUAACACAGAUCGCAAGGGUGUCCACUUUCUGAUGGCUGACGGGGGUUUCUCGGUGGAGGGCCAGGAGAACCUGCAGGAGAUCCUCAGCAAGCAGCUGCUGCUGUGUCAGUUCCUCAUGGCACUGUCUAUUGUCCGGACAGGAGGCCACUUCAUCUGUAAAACCUUCGACCUGUUCACACCCUUCAGUGUGGGGCUCAUCUACCUGCUAUACUGUUGCUUUGAACGAGUGUGUCUCUUCAAGCCCAUUACCAGCCGUCCUGCCAACUCGGAGAGGUAUGUGGUGUGCAAGGGCCUGAAGGUGGGCGUAGACGAUGUUCGGGAGUACCUCUUCUCAGUGAACAUGAAACUUAACCAGCUGCGCAACACUGACUCAGACGUCAGCCUCGUGGUCCCCCUGGAGGUGAUCAAGGGAGACCAUGAAUUUACUGACUACAUGAUACGGUCCAAUGAGAGCCACUGUAGUCUGCAGAUCAAAGCUCUGGCCAAAAUCCAUGCCUUUGUUCAAGACACGACCCUGAGUGAGCCUCGGCAGGCAGAGGCCCGGAAAGAGUCCCUCCGACUCUGGGGGAUCCCAGACCAGGCCCGUGUUGCUCCUUCUUCUUCAGACCCAAAGUCUAAAUUCUUCGAGCUAAUCCAGGGUACUGAGAUUGACAUCUUCAGUUACAAGCCCACGCUGCUCACCUCCAAAACCCUGGAGAAGAUCCGCCCUGUGCUCGACUACCGCUGCAUGGUGUCUGGCAGCGAGCAGAAGUUCCUCAUCAGCCUCGGGAAAUCCCAGAUCUACACGUGGGAUGGCCGCCAGUCAGACCGCUGGGUCAAGCUGGACCUGAAGACAGAGCUGCCCCGGGACACCCUGCUCUCUGUGGAGAUUGUGCAUGAGCUGAAAGGGGAGGGGAAGGCCCAGCGGAAGAUUAAUGCGAUCCACAUCCUCGAUGUCCUCGUGCUGAACGGCAGUGACGUUCGGGAGCAGCACUUUAACCAGCGAAUUCAGCUUGCUGAGAAAUUUGUGAAAGCUGUUUCCAAGCCCAGUCGGCCUGACAUGAAUCCCAUCAGGGUGAAGGAGGUGUACAGGCUGGAGGAGAUGGAGAAGAUUUUUGUCAGGCUGGAAAUGAAGAUCAUCAAGGGCUCCAGUGGCACUCCCAAGCUCAGCUACACAGGGCGGGACGACCGGCACUUCGUGCCCACGGGCCUCUACAUUGUGAGGACAGUGAAUGAGCCGUGGACCAUGGGAUUCAGCAAAAGCUUCAAGAGGAAGUUCUUUUACAACAAGAAGACCAAGAUAUCUACCUUUGACCUCCCUGCAGACUCCAUUGCUCCCUUUCACAUCUGCUACUACGGCCGGCUCUUUUGGGAAUGGGGGGAUGGCAUCCGCGUGCAUGACUCCCAGAAGCCCCAGGACCCAGACAAGCUGUCCAAGGAGGAUGUCCUCUCAUUCAUCCAGAGUCACAGUGCCUGAGGGCCACAGGAUGCCCUACCCCCGCCGAAUGCCCUGUUGGUCCCUGAAGCAGGGUGCUCUGCACCUGGGGCCCACAGUCCUGGUUUCUUCCCCCUCUCAGAGAGGGACUGGUGAGCAUCGCAGUCUGGCCGUGAGAGGCGGGCGGCUCUUCUCCGUCCCCUGAAGAGCUCAGUCAGGACCUUCAGAGGACACAGUCCUACGAGGACACCUGCCUUGGGAACCGUGUCCCUGCCGGGACUCAGCCGAGGAAGCUGCUCCUGAACUAGUGUGAGUCCUGGCCCGGGGCACGCAGGGCCAGUGGAGGACACGUCAGAGGGUCGCAGGGCUCUGGGCUCUGCCAUUCUCCCUGUAUCUUGUAGACUCACUUUUCUGAGUUCCAUGCACUGCCUUUGAGGGCACCCAUGCCCCUGCUUUGCCCAACUUUUUAUUGGGCCAACCCUGAGUGGGCAGAGGCCCACUGUCGUGAGCUGGACAGCAGCAGCUGCUGUGCAAAUCAAGGUUUCAUUUCUUUGAACUUACUGUUUUGAUGCCAAUGCAGUUGGAGUUUCUUGUCUCCUCCCUGCACCCAUCCUGGCUUCCCCCUGGGGUCCUUCGCAGUCCAGACCUUUGGCAGUCCCGGCAGGCCGGGAAGGAGGGGUCAGGCCCCACGUCCCUGUCACUGUACUGGGACCCGGGUAGUGCUGUCUCUGGUACGGGUGUGCUGCUUCCUGGGGCUGUAGAGCCUUCUGGGGCCCAUCCCCUUUUGAUCAAAGACUGGGCAGCUUGGGAAGGCAGGAAGCAGACUCGAAGACCUGCCGUUUUCUCCCAGCCGCAGUUGCCCCACCUAGCAAAGGUGGUACGUCCCAGCUUUGGGUGGCACCGCCCCUCAGGUCAUUGCGUACCAGAGCCUGGCCUGCUAGCCACCCAGGGUUCGGGCAGAGCCCUGAGCUGGAGGUGGCUCCUGCUACUCAUUCCCUUCCAUUGUUUUCCUCCCCCAGCAGGAGGCAGUCUGCUUUGUUUGUACUACAUGGUCGCUCCGCUCCACUUCCUCCUCCUUGGUGGAGGCAGAGGAAGGAGGGGGAGGUGGGCAGUAGCUUUGGGUGGGGAGGGCACCCAUGGUGGUUUUCAAUGGGAAACCCCUCUCAAGAUGUUCUGGCAGACUCCUGAGGGCCUCAUCCCAGUGCCAGUAUGGUUUCCAUGGAGAUAGGCACUGAGGCUCCCAUGAGGUUGGACUCUCUCCUGAGGUCCUCAGCCAGCACCCAGCCCCCACCCUCAGGCUGGCAGCAGCACUUCUGAGAUGCCUGUUUCCGCCCAGUGCUGGGUAUAUCUGUGUGUCUUGCAGAAUCUCAGAUCAUUAAAGAUUAACGUAUUUUUAA